GAAAUACUCGCCCAUCUCACUACAACACCAGUGUUUCCUUGCCUUUGGUGUCGGUUAAUAGCGUGAUCUUGGAAUUUGAGAGAACUUGAUCCAUCAUCAUCUCUCAUCCUCUUCAUCAUGCUGCUGCUGCUGAUGCUGUCUCUUCUCUCCGGUGGUUCGGCCAGAGUUGUGCAGGAUUUUGAGAGUGGCUGUGGUAAAUUUUUGGCAAAUGGAAAAUCACCUACAAGAUUUCCUGAUCCACAAUACAGGCAGAUCUGCCAAACUCUAAAUAAUAAAGUUUAUUAUGCCACAUUCUAUGACACUCACAACAAGAUCCCUGUGUACUCAGCCUACAAGUUUGAAGGGUUAAUGGGCUGCACAAGACGAGACACGUGGUACAUUGAACCUCAAAUUGAUGAUAAUAAUGGAGGACCAAACAUGGAAUUUUCGACGGCUCUAAAUAUACAUAUACGUGGAGACCGUCAAGCUCUCAGUAAAGAUUAUGAGAACUCUGGCUAUGACAGAGGUCAUCUGGCACCAGUCUACCUGGCAAACUCACAGAGCUGUGCUGAAGCCACCUUCACUCUCACCAAUGCUGCUCCACAGACCAAAUGUUUUAACAGAGUUUUUUGGUGGGAGGAAGAAGAAUCACUAGGAAAACACCUGGGAAAAUGUCAUUUAAAUGUUUACAUUGUGACAGGGGUGGUACCAGGCACUAAUUACAUAAACAGUAGAGUGAACGUGCCUAGUCAUUUCUGGACUGCUUACUGCUGCUUGGACCAGAAUAACAAAUGUUCAGACUCAGGAGGAGUUAUUGGAACCAAUGUAAAUGACUCCAUUAUUAGGAAAAUGAGUGUGGUUGAUUUAGAGGCAGAGUUAAGAAAACUUUAUGGAAGAGCAUUUCAGGUGUUUCAAUACAAAUAACAAAAGCAGACAUGGGUUGCUUCAAAAUAAAGCCACACUGAGCAAUUACACUCUGCAAACAUUUUUGAGGGGAGCCUAUUUUGAGUUAUGUUUUAUGCAGAUUAUAAUUUCAUUACAAUUAAUCACUGUAAUAUUUCCUGUCGGAAUUAUAAAAUAAUAACAAUUUCUAAUACUCCAAACCUUGUGCUGAAUGUCAUAGCUGACUUGGUGGCAGACUUGUUUCAGUUUUAAGUUGUUUCAACAUUUGUUUCAAUAAAAAGUUUGCAUACAUUUUUAGGGAAUCUUUAUUAAAUUAUAUGUUGCAUUUCUUAAUCAAUUAGAAUGACAAUUGUCUGUAAAAUUAUUAUGAAAAUGAUUACUUUGUAAAUAUUAUCAUUAUAAUGUCUCAACUGUAAAACUAUUAACCUCUAAUAAAAUAAUUAAUAC